AUGGUGUUGCUUGCUCGUUGUGAAGGACGCUGCAGUCAAACGUCUCGUUCUGACCCUCUGGUCUCCUUCAGCACUGUUUUAAAGCAGCCCUUUCGUUCCACAUGCUAUUGCUGCAGACCUCAGACUUCCAAGUUAAAAGCCAUCCGUCUGCGCUGUUCUGGAGGCCUUCGUCUUACAGCUACAUACCGCUAUAUUCUUUCUUGUCACUGCGAGGAAUGCAAUUCUUAG